AAAUGUGAGAAGAGAGUACGUGCGAAAAUGGAAGGGGAUGCGGUCCCUCCAAGCAUCUUGGGGGAAAGUAAAGCAGGGUAUGUCCUGGGUAACGUUGCAGAGGUCGUGGAGAGGAUUUUGACAUUUGUGCCCACUAAAAAUCUCUUCCGGGUAGCAAGUGUGUGCAGACUAUGGAGGAAUUGUGCACGCAGAGUGCUGAGGACACAGCAGAGACUGACCUGGCUCUCUGCCUCAGGCUCAUCCAUAUGCAGGGAACAUGUUUUGUUUACGACCAUGGAAGAAGACUUGGAGAAAAUCUACCUUCUGCCCCAGACUGCUCUCUUAAUGGUAGAUGGGGACUUCAUCUGGCCUUGUACCUACUUAACCGAUACCAGGAGUUGUGAUGAAGUGGUGCCAGAUCCUGUUGAGAAGCUCAGACGUAUACUGCCCAAAAGCUGUGACAUAUUAGGCAUUGUUGCAGCAGGAAUUGUUGUGACCCCCAGUGGUUCCCCCAGCAGCCCCCCACAAGAGCACGAGGCGGGUGAGGCUGGUUUUAGUCUGCUUUUUCCUGCCAUGGACGGGGUCACCAUCCAGUCAUUUCACUUCUGCAAAAAGAGCCUCAGUGACACAGCAAUGGAGGAGGCAGGGUUGAUUAAUAAUCCUGAUCUAAAGGUGGUGCUGAUGUUCAACUACAACACCUAUAAACCUGGAGGUGGACGCUUUCUUAACAAGCUACUGGAACCUCUUUCCCAAAGUAACAUUCUUAUAGUCGGAGGACAGGUCGAGAGAGAGUUUACCAAUGAGCCAACCUGCUGUUCUGAAGACUCCUUUGGCGCAGUAGGUCUGAGCAUCAGCGGCUCCAAGGUCCAGGGUGCGUCAGUUCUAGUGGAGCAGGACGUUAGCACCGCCAAAGGAGCCGAGGCUACUAUCCAGCGGCUGAAGGCUGCUAAUAUCCCCGAGAGAAACACUAUGGGCUUUAUGUUUGCCUGUGUGGGCCGCGGCCACAACAGCUACAACGAACAGCUGAACGUGGAGGCCGACGCCUUCCGGAAGAUCUUCUCUAACGUCCCACUUCUGGGAUUCUUCGGCAACGGGGAGAUCGGCUGCGACCGCAUUGUCAAAGAGAACUACACACUGAGCGAGACCGAUGCUGAUGGACUACAACACUCUUUUACAACAGUCAUGAGUCUAGUGCAUUUUGGAUAGUAAACUAAGCUGUUUUGAAAGCCCCUAGCCCCUUGGUGUUUCAGGACAGACACUGAAUGCUUGUUGAAGGUCAGAUCAGGUAAAAAUCUCUUAGGUUCUUCUUUGUUUUAUUUCUAAAAUCAGAAUGUCAAAUUUUUAGCAGGUCUGUUUAAACGCUUGCCAUGACCUUAAUGUAGUGGAUACAACAGCACUGGCAUCAGAAAUCAACUGGAGAUUAAAAGCUUGUUUACUAGCAUGCUAAUUUUGAUGUUGCUAAAGUGUUCACUUGCGUUUAGUUGGGAAAUGCUAAACGGUUAGGAAUUAGUUUGAAUGGCACGGUGCUAAACCUCGACCUUUGACUUGAGAUUUAUGUGUAACUCUGUGUAGAGCAGAGCCCAAAUCUUUCAACUAAUCAGUUUUCUCGUGGGCCGAACAGCUCACUAAAGCCUUAUGUAUGAGUAGUUUUUAUACAUUUACAACGCACUUUGAAAAACGAGAAGCUAACUGUGGUAAAAUUGGUGAACAGUGCAGCCGUUUAUCAGUUUUGGUUUAUAACAAUGGGCUCAACUCAAUUCCUGGAGGGCCGCAGCUCUGCACAGUUUUGCUUCAACCCUAUCAAACACAGCUGAUCCAAUUAAUUGAGGUGUUGAAAAGAGUCUUAAACACCUUGAUUAGUUGGAUCAGCUGUGUUUGAUCAGGGUCGGAGCAAAACUGUGCAGAGCUACGGCCCUCCAAGAAUUGAGUUUGAGACCUAUGCUUUAUAUUAUAAGACUUUGGUAUGACUAGGCUACCUUCACUUCUGGUUUUAUGUUUAAAAGUGUUCAGGUCAAUGUGCUGACCUUUUUUGUUGUAUUUUAAGUUUAAUCAGUUACAUAGUGAGCCACAUUCUAAAACCAGUGCUAUGAAUCUACAGGAAAAGCAUUAGCAAUGAAAGACUGUAGAGCAUAGGUCUCAAACUCGAUUCCUGGAAGGCCACAACUCUGCACAGUUUUGCUCCAACCCUAAUCAAACACAGCUGAUCCAACUGAUGAAGGUGUUCAUGACUCUUUUGAACACCUCGAUUAUUUGGAUCAGCUCUGUUUGAUAGGGUUGGAGCUAAUCUGUGCAGAGCUGCGGCCCUCUAGGAAUUGAGUUUGAGACCAUUGAGGAUUAGUUUCUGUUGCUUGGUAAGUAAAGCUUUAUCAGCUCAUAUAAAUACAAUAAGUAACAAAUAAAGACAAUUUCUAAGUGCUCAGAGUAAUAAAGGACAGACGUCACUGUGUUUUCCCUCCUCUCUCUGUCCCAAAACCUUCUAUAAAAUCCAGUUCACUUCUUGCAGGCUAGAUUUCCAUUCCUGUGUUCAUCAGUUCAGUCAAGUCAAUGGUUAAUCAGUCAUUCUGUGCUGUAGCUUAAAUAAGUGUUGUUCACAGACAAGUGUACUGUUAAAGGGCCGUCUGUCUGCAUUGUGGAGAUGUUUCUAAUGCAAUAUUUAGAAGUUUGAUUCAGCGUUGUUACCAAGUCCUCCUCUGUUUGUUCCUCUCAUCAUUUGUUCUGAUAAUACAUAAUCCUUGGCUUUUAUAUUGCUUUAGCUAACAGGAAAGUAACUUUUACUACUGUCAUGAAUGUUUCAUGGCUGUGUGUUGUUGUUUUUUUCUUUACUGUUUACAUGUGCUAACUGGAAAAAAUCAGUCAUUCAGUUUGCUCAUGUUUCCAUUUAUGCGACCUGACAUGUAAAUAAUUAUGUAUAUAAUAAAACCCAGAUAAAGGUU